UACUUGAAUUUCUCCUCUUGUCUUCUUCACAUUUUCUUUCCACCAACAAACUAUUUUCAUGGCUUUAUCCUCUUCCACUCUGUUGCUUGUGAAAUCCCACAUCUCUCUUUCUUCUUUUUCGAACCCAUCACUUUAUUUCAGUAAAAGAACAUCUUCAAAAACCCAACUAGGAGGGUCACCAGGUGAAAGCAGAAUUCGAGUCAGACGCAUUUCUUUAUCCAUUAUAAAUGCUCGAGCUGAUGAUAGAAAAGAAGAUAUUGUUAUUGUCGGGGCUGGAAUUGCUGGUCUUGCUACUGCUGUUUCUCUUCAGAGGCUGGGUAUUAGAACAUUGGUACUUGAGCAGGGUGAAUCAUUGAGGACCGGAGGAACCUCGCUAACACUUUUUAAAAAUGGAUGGAAGGCAUUGGAUGCUAUUGGAGUUGGCAAUGAUCUCAGGAGUCAGUUUCUUGAAAUUCAAGGGAUGGCGAUAAAAUCAGAAGAUGGAAGAGAACUGCGCUCUUUCAGGUUCAAAGAUGAGGAUGAAAGUCAAGAAGUCCGUGCUGUGGAGAGAAGAGUCCUACUGGAAACACUUGCCAGUAGGCUACCACCAGAUGCUAUUUCUUUUUCCUCAAAGCUGGCAAACAUUGAAAGAAGUGAAAAUGGUGAAACCUUGUUGGAACUUGAUGAUGGUAUUCGGAUAUCUGCCAAGAUAUUGAUCGCUUGUGAUGGGAUUCGGUCACCAGUGGCCAAGUUGAUGGGGUUUCCAGAGCCUAACUAUGUGGGACAUUGUGCAUUUCGAGGCCUAGCAUAUUUCCCUGAAGGACAGCCAUUUGAACCAAAAGUAAACUACAUCUAUGGAAAAGGAGUGCGUGCUGGAUAUGUUCCUGUAUCUGAAACCAAAGUCUAUUGGUUUAUCUGCUACAAUAGCUCGUCACCAGGUCCAAAGAUAACAGAUCCAUCUAUUUUGAGACAACAGGCUGAACAACUCGUUAGAAAUUGGCCAACCGAACUAAUAAACCUCAUCAAUCUUACACCAGACGACACAAUCAUAAGAACCAGCUUAGUAGAUAGAUGGCUUUGGCCCUCAAUAAGUCCUCCAGCCUCUACUGGCAGUAUUGUGCUGGUUGGCGAUGCAUGGCACCCAAUGACACCAAAUCUCGGUCAAGGUGCUUGUUGUGCACUUGAAGAUUCAAUAGUUUUGACAAAAAAACUUGCAGAAGCAAUCAAGUCUAAACGUACUUCAGUCGAGGACGCAUUCAAAGCAUAUGGAAAUGAAAGAUGGCCCCGUAUAUUUCCAUUAACAGUACGUGCAUACCUUGUAGGUGCACUAUUACAGUGGGAUAAUCCAGUUAUAUGUGCCCUUAGGGAUAACAUUGUUGUACCUAAGCUGGUUAGGCUUGGACCAGUUCUGGAGCAUACUAAUUUUGAAUUUGACCCUCUAUAACAAACAUAGAAAUUUAGUUGC